CAUCGCUGCACUUCGUACAAAACAUCGUGCCUUCUGUCGUGAAAAGUAUCCAGCCAGUAUGUUGUCGUGCAACGAGGACGCCUUGGUCAGGUGUCGUAAGCCCAUGGCGACGGUCUACUAUUGCGUUGAUACCUUUUUACGAACACAACUGUAUGCACAGGCCCACAUUCAUGCAAGUAAGUAGAAGAAAAGCUCACGCUCACCCAUAGAAGAUUAUUCCAUGCAAUUUACGUACUAUGAUCUCCCCGAUCUAGUAGUCCCUCUAGAAAGUUUUAGAAACACCCCCAGUUUACCUACUCCUGAUGCAACAAGUUUCGUCCUUUUUACGAUUUUUUCACGAUUCACCAAAUUUGAAACCCGAUUUGAUUGAACGGCCCACCGGCAGAGAAAAAUGAGCUUUUUCCACCAGCGCCGGAGGUUCUUUAUGCUCCAGCUGAUCCGCAGCCUGGUGGGCAGCAGCUCCGUAGUUUUCUGGUGCAGCUCAACAGCAGUCUCCGCCGAUAAAAAUGCGCCUGGAGUUGUUGAAAACCCGUACGCUGCCGAUGGGUCGCUCGCGGGUCGUCCUACACGAGGGACUACACCGGAUGCUGGCGAGACCACAACUCGGAUGUUGGCGAAAACGGAAAAAUCCUCGUCCCCAGCGAAUGCUAUCGUGAAGGACGAGCACCAGCAGCAGCAGAAGACGUCGACCUCGACUUCCCCGAAGAUAUUAACUACACCAACGCCAGCACACCUCCAGCUGAAAGUGAAAAACUCCCUUCUGUCCAACCGGAAACUCCGACUUGUCGACCAAAGCCCGGCGCCGGAGAAGCUUCCGCCAACGCCCUACGAAGACCCAGAGGAGUACAAACUUCGAAUCAUGAAGGAACAAAUUGAGCAGCGCGAUCUCCACGAGGCGAUCGCGGAGAAGAAGCUGCGACAGAUGAGUGCUGGUCCUUUCGAAACUGGAAUUGCAAAAAGCACUGACGAAAAUGAUUCACGUGCUCUCCAAUCGCUCGGGAUGGGCACGGGCAUCCCACGCAUCUAUCAAAUGUAAAAAUGUCUGGGUCUGGAAACUUGUGAUGCUGGGUGGCGUAUCAUGAGGAAGCCAUAAGUGCUGGCUCAGCAUGACAAGUUUCUGAGCUUCUAGGUGUUGCCUAUUCUGCAUGACAAACCGCGUUUUUGCAUGACAGGAAAGUGGGGCUCUUGGGUAACCUGCAUGACAGAUUUAAGAGUCAUGCCAGAGAAGCAUGACAAAUCGCGCAUUCUUCCAGACCCAGACAUUUUUACAUUUGAUAGCAUCGACAUCGACCCCAAAACGUGCUACCUGUGCGAUCCGGCGAAUCUGUACCCACAGUAAAUAUUUUCCCGUACACGUACAAAUGCUGUCUCCGCAACAUGACAAAACUGAUCUUCACUCUUAGUCAGCAUGGCAAAUUUGACACUCAAAGUUAGCGAGAUUUGUCAUGCGUUUUGUACAUGUACGGGAAAUUUGUAUUGCAUAAUCGGAUGAUCACCGCAGACGAGCCCGCGGGUUUUCGCUGCGUGAAGCGGACGCUGACCAGCGGGUACGAAAUCCGGGAAAGUCUGUAUUUAAACACGGAGGAGACCAUUAUCCAGAUCAAGUCCCUCGCGGACUGCAUGGCGGUGGGUGGAAAUUAUCUAGAACCCGCGCAGCGGUUCUGCCGGGACAUCAAUUUGGAAGCGUUCACGCGGGCGUACGACAACGACAUUCUGUGCUUAGCGUACAAACGGGAAUAUGAAUCCACCUGCUGUCGCCCGAUGAACCAACAAAGGUGCACGAUUUGCGGCACCGGGAUCGACGCGAUCUACGGCGUCAUGGAAAGAACGCAAACGACCGGCGCUCAGUGCAUGGCGUUGAACACGGAGCCGCUGGUGAUGAGCGGAUUUAUCGAGCAACUUGUCGUUCCGGACUCGCAACGGCGGCAGUUUUACCGAACCCCCAUGUUUGACAUCGGGGAAACGUCGAAUUUACGGACUGGCGUGGCGUCGGAACGAGAGUACGCUUUGGAGGGGACGCACGACACGCCGGGUCUGUACAAAGCGAAGCUCGUGACGGAGAAGUUCGCUCUGUCUCCCUGCACGCACCGAGGCGGCUCCCCCACCCGGCCGUUCCGUUCGGUCAUGGCCUGCACGCACAUCCAACAAGUCUUCAUUCGCGUGGAGAACCUGGUCCCCGGAGCAUUGUACCGCUACGAGCUGUUUCAAUACCUCGAGGAAAAUCCCUGGACCUUAAACACGACCUACAACAUGACGAUGGACGUGCAGAGGCUGAAUUACGGCGACACCCCGGUCGGGUCGAAUUCCCCGUCGCAGUCGAACGGGAACCAGAACAAAAUUAUCAACUGCAAAAUUGUCUGGGUCUGGAAGAUUGCAAGGCUUGUCAUGCAUAUUUUGCAUGAUCCAUAAUGCCUGUAAUGCAUGGCGUAGCAUCACAGAUUUUUAGAGCGCUUCCUCAUGCCUAUUCCGCAUGACAAAUCUAUCUAUCUCCGUGAAGCACAAAAUCUUCUCCUCUUACUGGUCACGCAAUACAAAUUUUUUUCGAAUCCAGAGACAGCAUCACAAGUUUAGAAUCUUCCAGACCCAUACGCUUUUGCAUUUGAUAAAAAUUUCUGACGAGUACUUGGUCCGCGAGCCCUACAUCUACCACAAGAAGUGGAACCCGAUGACAGAACUCGGGUACACAAAGGGGCUGAACGAACCCGCGCAGGAGGGGUACGCGCACGCCACCGGGAUUGGGACGUUGAUCAUGCGAAUCUACGCGAGCAGCACCCGGGACUCGAUCAUCUUAUCGGGGUUGAACAUCAGAAGAGCCUCGAACAUGCGGCAGCCGGAGAACAUGGUCACUGUGAACCGCUACGUGACCGACCAGCGCUGCGCCAUCGACGGCGGCUACGAGAACGGGGGCGGGGUUACCUGCAACGAAGUCGAGUACCACUGGGCGCUGAAUUUCCGGAAGGGGUCGGAGGGGUGUGAGUAUCUGCAACAACGCUUCACGCACGGGUACUGUGAUUCCGCGGGGGUGCGGCAGAAGGGGUGCUGUCGCGGCGGAAACCCCGCGCCUUUGUACUGCACGAAGGAGGAGCGGGACGCCGCAGCCGCCGCGGCCGCGGCUCUUAACAAGGAAGACGAGGACAGCGCGGACGUCAUUGCGCAGGUGUUUGCGGUGAUUUUUAUCGUGAUCCUUGUGUUAUCCGGGAUCGUGGCGUACUGCUUCGGGCGGCAGAUCUGGGCGCAGAUCAAGGUGUUCAUCGCGCAGGAGGAAAACCGGCAGUUUUUCGCGCGCAUGACGGACAACCAAAACUACGGGACGAAGGUGGGAGUGGAGGGACAGGGGAAGAAGAAAAGGAAGAAAAAGAAGAAAGACGAUCUAGCCAUCGAAGACGUUUCUGGGGAGCGAAAAUCUUCCAAAGACGGAACUGCCAGCGAGAAAAAUCUCGACGAAAAAUCGUCCAAGGGUGAAAAAUCCUCCAAAGACGAAGAUCAGAAGUCGGACACGGGGAGCGGCCAUCAAAAGCCGGGGCAACUAUCCCGGUCCGCGACGAGAGAUUCCGUUGGGACCUCAAAAUCUGCCGAUGACGACGACAACAAAUCCGUUUCUUCGAAGAAACAAACGACGGAUAAGUCACCAGAGGAAGGGGAAGAUGGUUCCGAAGAGGAAGAGGAAACGGAUGAAGAUUCAUCUGACAGCGACUCUUCCUCGGCCGAUUCUACCAUUCUUUCCGCGGAGGCCGCGCGGAAGAGACGGCACAAAGAGCGAAAGGAGCAGCGAAUCCUGGACGAGCGCGCGGAACGGAUGAAGUCCCUGGCGCAGAAAUUCUACCACGGAAGGGGGUUUGAGAACGGCGUGGGGAACGUGCAACCAGCGGAGAACAAAAACUCCGUGGAAGAGCAAAUUCAGCGGAUGAAGGAGCGAGCAGAAAAAAAGGAACGGAAAAGACAAGGGAAAAAGUUGAAACAGCAGGGGUUCCAACCGUGAGUCUGGAUGAGAAAAAAACUACGUAUCGUUCUUCGCAGGAAACAAGACUAGAUACCCUUACCCCAAAUAAAUUCUGUGUAUAAUUAACGAGUACCCGCAGCACGACAAAAACAUGCUCUGAAAGUUUUCCUCAAUCUAAUCCGAGUGUGGAAUAAAGUUAAAGUGCCUAGUACGGCGGAGGUGUAUCCCAUCGACGCGCGAGACGAAGUACUACAGCGGGUUUCGCACGGAAAAACUAAACAAAGCACUCGAUAAAAGUCGCAGGUUUCGUCUCCUUCAACAAUUUCUAAAAAGAUUCUAACCCAGUAGCUCUAGUAGUCAGUAUCUUCUUCUUAAAUUCAGUUCGACCCCCGCCGCGAGAUGAAUCUUUGAAAUACAGCAAUACCAAAUCCUGUCUGACGGUGCAUGAAUUCACCACUGUCGAGCUUCUGAUUUCUCGAACAAGACCGAUAAAAAUGAGUCACGAGGCCAGG